CUAUAAUAAACCCCGAGGAAAGCGAAAACCUUUGUGUCGGAUACAGCGAUGUGCCAAGACAUUGUUUCGUCCUGUUUUUGAUGGCAACGUAUGGUGCGUGACAGUUCAGCUCCCAGCAUGUACUCGAAGGGGAAAGGAUCCACGGUACCCUCGGAUGCCCAAGCUCGCGAAAAGUUAGCCCUCUAUGUAUAUGAAUAUUUAUUACACGUCGGAGCACAGAAAAGUGCACAGACAUUCCUAUCGGAGAUACGAUGGGAAAAGAACAUAACAUUAGGAGAACCACCUGGGUUUUUACAUUCAUGGUGGUGUGUAUUUUGGGAUUUAUAUUGUGCGGCUCCAGAACGGAGAGAAAACUGUGAUCAUUCUAGUGAAGCCAAGGCAUUUCAUGAUUAUGGGUUCGUAAAUUCAGGGUACGGCGUGAAUGGUAUAGCACACAAUGCAGCAGCACCUAGUCCAUUAGGUCAAAUGAAUCCUCAGGAUGGAAUGUCUGGGGGGCCAAUGCCACCAGGGUUUUUUCCUCCUGGAGCUUCUCAACAGUCCCCCCAUACCCAGCCACCUCCCAACCACCCCAUGAUGGGACAGAAUCAAGCUUUCAUGUCUCCAAGAUACCCGGGUGGGCCAAGGGGCCCAGGGCCUGUUCGAAUGCCACCCAAUCAAGUUGAUUUCAAUACACCAGGAAGUGGUUCAGGCCCCAUAAUGCCUAACAGCAUGGAACCCAGACCAGCAGAUUUUGCUGGUCAUCCUGGUAUGGGUCCAAUGGGGCCUAGGAUGCCACACGGAAGAAUGCCAGGACCCAUGAAUCCAUAUGAUUCAUUAAGUUACGGCGGUAUGCGAGGUCCACCACCAAAUAAUAUGGGUCCUGUCGGGCCAGGAAUGCCUCCUAUGUCUAUGUCAGGGGGACAGGGCAGUCGGCCUUGGGCACCAACCACAUCAUCAAUAAAUUACUCAUCAGCAUCACCAGGAAGUUAUAAUGGACCUGGAGGAGGAGGGCCCCCUGGAACUCCCAUCAUGCCAAGUCCACAAGGAUCUCAAGGGCCAUUUUCUCCUGCCAGCCAUCAACGAAUGAGCUCAAGGCCAGGUGACUACAUCCCCAACGACAACAUGCCGGAUGAUGUUGAACCACAAAAGAUGCUUUGUUUAGAUUCUACAAAUUCAGGAGAUGGAAUGUAUGGUAUGAUGAAAGGUGGUCCAGGAUUACCAGGCAUGCCAGGGCAGUUCCCUGGGAUGUCCGGCGGGCCUGAGGGAGGAAUGGGCAUGGGUCCAGAUAUGGGUCAGGUUAUGAAUGGUGGUGACAUAGAUGGCAUGAAGAAUUCCCCAGCAAACGGCCCAGGAACGCCGCCGGUCAGCAUGCCGGGCUAUGUUGGCGACGGCUUAAGUUACCAAGAUAACGACCAAACCGAAUCCGCAGCAAUCCUCAAGAUAAAAGAAUGUAUGGCCGAGGAAGCUAAGCGGUUUGAAAAAGACACCGAUCAGCCUGAUUAUUUCAUGUCACAAUAAUAUAUCAUCCCAUACAUCUUUUUUGUUCAGAAACAAAUCUCGUCUUUAUUGUAAAUUUUUUUGUUAUUUAUAAGUUAUAUGACUUUUCUGUCUAGAGUGACCAUCGCGAGAAUGUUCAUGUUCGAUGGAAGUGGUCAUGGUUCUUAUUUAAAAAUGGUGCUUUGUUUUUAUGUUAAACUGGGUCUUUUUUGGAAAGCCAAAGGACUGGGGAAACAAAAAAAAAUCGUACGCCCCUUUUGAAGGCCCCCUCCCAACCCCUCUACCCUCUGCAUUAGAAAAUUGUUUUAUUUCCAGUUGCUUUAGAUCUCAAAAGACGAUAGAAUAGGUAAAAUAAGUUUUUCUAAACAUCUUAUUCUUGUGAAAUGUCUCAUUGUCAGUUGUGGCUUUUACAAAUCUUUUUCUGUGUGCAUUUUUGUUAUAACUGCCAUGUUUAACCUAAUAAAUGUUCAAACUUCAUUUACACAUAUUUUUGAAAGGUGCUUUUAACACAUCUACACAAGUUAAUAUUGAUUUGGUGCAGCUCAUUGUUUUUUAUCUUUACGAGCAGAAGUAUAAAACAACAUUUGGUUGUGAAAAAGCUCAUAGUAAUAAAAUCAUCACCCAUUCUCCUAACACCUCGUUAUCAUUUAAUCCCCAUUUGUGGCCCCUCUCCUUUGGUUGGCCAAGCCCAGUUUUUUUUUUUAUUUAUAUGUGCUGAUCUUGUCGUUGACUGAAACAACAUUUAUUUUUUCACAACUGACCAAAAAGACACAUCAGGAUUGUUUGAGCAAGAAAUAGUCUCUGAGCCACAAAUGCCGCAAUUUUAAUUUAUAUUGUUAGCUUUACAAGUAGAAGCUAAUUUGUCUAUCGCUUUAGUAUUAACAUUUAACAGAAUUUACUCAUUUUUUCUGCCUCUUACAGUAUUGAUAUUUAUAUUUAAUUAUUUUUUGGUUAAUCUGCAUGUCCAAACAUUGGAUUGAAAAAAAUUACCUGUACAUGAUAUUAGAAAUAUGAAAUUGUUUCAAAAUUGAAGAAAAAGGAUAAAUAUUGGCGAAAGAAAAAAAUUAACAAAGAUGGAGCCGAAAAAAUGCAUUGAUCUAUUUUCUGUUUCUUAUUUUGGUCAUUAUGUCAUGUUUUUAUGUGUUUUAACCCUCUUGGUUGUUUUUCUUCUACACAAACAGGGAUGUAGUGCUACGUGAAUAUAAAUGUUGAGGAAACGAGACCGUCGCGUUUCUGUUGACCAUUACGUUACCCCCUCGUGUGGCUUUGUUCUCUGGCUUAUCAGAUUAUUUCUGUACAACUCCUAGCACACACCCACUUUUUGUCUCUAUAUAUGCACUUUAGUAUUGACAUCACUAUAUAUAGCUAAAGCCUGGGCUAAUUGAUUUCAAAAUAGUAAGAACUCGGAAAUAGUACAAACUAUAUUUAUAAAACAUCAUGCAGUGUUUGAAUAGUUGCAUUUCCAUGAAUUUGACCUCAGAGGUCAAGACAGUUUCUCUUCUUUUUUUUUGUUGGAAUUUUAAAAUUAGUAUGAUAUAGAUAUAUAUAUAUAUAUGUUUACAGUUAUCUUUUUUUUCUAUUUAUUUGUCAUUGUUCAUUUUCCAUAUUUUUUUCACAUAUGUCUCAAAAUUGUAUGAUCAUGUGAAAGAUUUUUUUCCCCUUUAAUAGAGAUAUGAUUUUGUGUAAUGCAUUUAAUCCACAGUUUGAAGAAUAUAGGUGACCUAGAUCGAAUACAUGGUUGGAUACGUACAGAAUGAAUGACUCUUUUUUACCGUAAACCUUGGCAAGGGGUCUACAAUCAUUUCAAAGAAGGUAUAUUUUUAAACUUCUUAUUUGCAAUUUCAAUGACACGGUUUGCGAGGUGUACCAUGUACAUUGUGAACUUACGAGUGACUGAACGAGUGACGAUGUUUAGAGAAUUUUAUUCCUUAUUAAAUCGAUGGCUGAAGUUGAUGAGAAACUUAAGUUUAUGUGUUAAGCAUUCUGUAAUCUCCUGUUUAUUAAGUAGUGAAUUUAUGUCAGAUGAUUUUUUUUUAUAUUAUAUUAUAUAUGUGUCAUGAACAUUAACUGUAUAAAGUAAUUUUCAUCUCCAAACAUGAAAUUGAUUGUAAGUUGAUAUGUUUGUUUUGAAACAUGAUUAUAUUGAAGUAACACGUAGCAGAGGCAUCUCUGCCAUUCUGAAUGUAUUCGUAUCUCGCUGUGUGAACACAGGCAUAAUAGUAUGGAAUAAUGAUAUACGGUAAACGCUCUACUUCACUUAUAGUAUCUUGCCUUGAUACCAAAGAGAAUUUAUUUUGUUAUCAGGGGAGGGAAUUUACAUUUAGGUUGUGAAAGAAAUGAAAAGCAACAUUCAUUACAUAAGUGAAUCUAUUCACAUUAUAAAUUGGUUCAUUUUAUGCUAAGUUUGUUUUUUUUCCUUCCCCCUUUCAUGAAUAAAUUUCAGGGUCAUGAAACAUUAAGUUCCUAAAUUUCACAAAUAUGAUUUAUCUUUCAAUGCAAAUUUAUUGUGCACAUUUGUUAUUUCUGUAAAAGGAAACGAUUCUGUUGUGUAUGGUAUUAUGAAAAAAAAUUCCAUGACUGCGUUUGAUGUUAGUGAGAUAUUCAACGAUCAUGUAUAUUAAUUUAUUGAUAAUGCUUGUAAAACCAUGUGAAUGUCAAAGAAUGGAUUUGUUACAUCACACAUUAAGAAUUAAAUUGUGUUCAGAACAUGUAAUGCAUUUAGUGAUCAGCAUGCCUCUGUUGGAUGAUUUUGUUACUAUCAACAUUUUCCAUUGAAUUCGUUCUGUAGCACACUUGUAAAUGACCACAGAGACUAUCUGCUUAUUAUUACCGUAUUUUUCGGACAAUAAGACAAUAUUUUUUUUUCUCCAAGGCGCUAGCCUCGUCUUGUCUUCAGUUGUUUUCUUUGUAUGAACAGAGAUUUGAAUUUGUAAGCAUUCUCUAAAAUAGAGAAAUGUUUUCACAACAUGAGGAUUUUUUUUGUUUAUUUGUCCUUCUUUGUACAGACUCGACACUUGUUCUUUGUAUUUCCUAUUAUUUAUGUUAUCACUUUUGAAUGAUCUGAUAGACAACUGGACAAUUGCAAACAAAUUUACGCAAUUUAUAUGAAUUUCCACUUUUUUUUCUGUAUUUUCUUGAAGUUAUUUAUAAUUUUAUUGAAUGUUUCUUAAGCAAAUUGAAAGGGUCGUGCUUAGAUGACAGACCUUUUUUUCUGAUGCUGUUAUUUUUAGAGCAAAACCCUUGUUGAUGCCUUUUUUCUGAUAGGAAACCAGACUCAGGUGAAGUAAGACAGGAUCAAUGUUGGGGAAGAAUUUCAGUUUUUGUCCACAAUCUUGCCAUUUUGUAAUUCUAAAAUUGUCGGGGUUGUGAUUCAUAAUAUUUAAAUUAAGAGAUUCUCUCUUCAUCUUGAUGCUAUACUUCACAGUAUAGUAAAAAUCAAUGCUGAAAUUUUUUCAUAAAAUACAAUCUUGUUUUCAUAGUUGAUAUUUGACAAUUUUGAGCCAGUUAAUGGGUAUAGAUCUGUGACACUGAAAAUCUUUUAUACUGCCUUGUGCAUUUUGUUUUAAACUAAGGAAUAGAUAUGCAUUCAAUGCUUUUUCCCCCUUUCUCAUAUUAUCAUACAUUAAAUGAUUUCAGACUUUUUUUUUCCAUGAUUUUCCCCAACAUUGUUGACGUUCUAGCAAUGAUGUGAAUGGUCUAUGAUAGUGAAGAUGGAUGAUGUAAGGUUUGCAAUCAAAAAACAGUUGAGAUGACAUGGCAAUAUAUUCCCACAUAUAAAUAUACAAAAGUUGUUGUCGACAUUUUGUAAAUACUUCAUUAUCCCAUUUUUCUGUAUGGAAGUAAAUGGUCUUGACAUAUAUAUUUUUAUUUCCUGUACAGCCGCACACAUCAGGUGAUCUGUCUAGAUGUGUAGUCGCAAUUAUCAAUGUUUUUGUUGUUAAAAUAUCAUCUUUUUUUUUUUUUAACAAGGGAGAUAACUAGCCACGGAAACCUCAUUGUAUCUCAUGUAUAAAUAUCCAUGCAUUAUGAUAUAUAUAUGUAGACAACAAAAAUCUCAUCAGAAAAAUAUGUGGAGGUUGUUUGUGUUAUUUUUUACCGUAGAGAUCAAAUCCCGUCUUCAAGUUUCCAUGGUUACUUAACUCCCGUGAUUGACAUUGAUAGUUGCUGUUUAGUCAUAUGUCCGUUUAGUAUAUGUUGGCUGUAUGUUUCUGUAUUGUACAAGAUCUUCUGUAGUCAAUAUUGACUGGAAGCUCCAUAAUGAUGGAAUAAAUUAUCAGCGAGAACAUUCUAA